AUGAGCAGAAGCGUGCAGCUAUAUAAUUACACACACACACACACACACGCGCGAACACGUAUGUAUGUACAAACGAAAAGGGCCAUCGUGAAUUUCUCUCGGAUUUACAAAUCCAGAGGAGACGUCUUUGAGCGUGUUUUUUUCUUUCAGUAUGGUCAAAAGAUACCUUUUGGCAGCAAAAAGAAAAAAGAAAAAGUGGAUAAAGAGACGAAGAAGCUUCGAAAAUUUUUAAAAAUUUCUGGUAUGAAAAAUAAUGAAGAGAAAACGGAAGAAGAUACUUGCGCAAACGAAAAGGUAAAACCAGGUGAAAACUGGAGUGGACGUGAUACUCACGCGGUGAUAGAUUACAAGGUAUACGAUUUAAAGGUGGAAGAUGUUAUUAGAAAUUUUGAAAGGAAAAUGAAGAAAAUAUAUGAUAACAAUUUAAAUGUUGAUUUUUUUAACAAUAUAAUUAUUGAGAAAGGUAAGCAGAAUUUCAAAUUGUCGGAGUUAGCUCAAGUUGUUAUAAAAUCAGUGAAAUUUAUUUAUUUUUAUCCUUACGUAACGGGAGAUACGCAAAAAAUUAUUCAUCAUUUAAAACUAAAAGAUAACACAUGGAAUCCCAUAACAUCUAAUGAUGGACAACACAUUUUGUUGCAAAUUCCUCCACUAACGGAGGACAUCAAAUUAAAGAAAAAAAAAGAAGCAAAAGAUUUAUUGGAGAAAAUUAAAAAUGAUUUACGCAAUUUGAGACACAAAAUUAGAGAUGAUAUUGUCAAAAAUUGUCAAGGUGAUGAGUGGAAAAUCGUUGAGCGAAAGAAGCUAGACACUUAUAUAAAAACAAAGACCAGAGUGAUCGAGGAAAUUUACGAACGUUAUCUCAGAACUUCUGAUUAG